AUAACUUUAGAGCCACACAUAGUAAGUGGGGUAAAGUGAUUUUUCUUUUAGUGACUUUUUUCGCAACAGAAUGGAAAAAUUUUAUAUUUUCCUCGCUUUGUCUCUCAUGUUUGUUCUUCAAGCCUCGUGCAGAGACUGCACUACCCAUUCGUGCUUACGUAGGCUGUAUAAUUCUAGAGUUACCUGGGCAGAAUAUUGGACAAGACCCUUGGGCUCAGGUUGGUGGUCAUCGCGGAGGAAGCGUAGCUUUGACUAUCACCUCCACCAUGCAGGAGUAGUCGUUACUGUCGAGAACGGAGACCGAUGGUUGAUCCACAAGGGGUCGAAUUAUGGCGAUUCGUCUGACACAGUUAUUACAGAUGCUGCUUACAUGAGCAGCAGAUGGAGACUGUGGAGCAGGAAUUAUUCUAGGUCGGUCAGGCACUGUAGGUACACAGUGAACAUGUUCAUGCAGCAUGCCCUGGUAUCGACACCCUACAAUCUGAUUGGGGCUAACUGCCAGACAGCAGCAAACGGCAUGUGGGCGCUGGUAGAGAGUUGUCAACACAGAAACUGAUAACAUGGAAACAUUCUUACUUCAGUUAGACGGAAGCUCACGAGCUACUAUGAUGAAGAUAAAAAACGACAGCAAAUGCACGCCUUUUAUGUAAAGUUCGACAGGAGGAAAUAACAGCUAUUUUUAUUGAUUAUUUUUAUAACUUAAUGAUGCAGUUGCGAUUCUUCAUUUCUAUUUCUCUUCCACUGUAAUAGCCCUUGUGGCUUCAUCCACUAAAUGUUUAGCAUGGCACCAAUACUUCCCAUCAUCUUCUGUCCCAGAAGAUAUAUUCACAUCUUCGCUAGCCAAGGGCUUCUGAUGCGCUACUCUCCUCAUAAGCCCUUGGCAUACGGUGUUAAAAAAAGUUGGGAUUUUUUUCUCAAGUUGUGAUUGGAGUUGAUCGACAUCGUUCGGCCAAUCAGCAAUUGUUUUUUGUAAAUGACGAUAUUUGCGUUCUUGACUCUUUAAUAUCGGUAAUGCAAGUAAACAAUGAUCCGUAUGAUAACAUGCCAUUCUAUGAAUAGCAAUAUGGUGUCAUCCAAUUUCUAAAGCAACGUGCAAAAUAUGUGAUUAAGUAUCUAUACUGAAGAUGUAGAUUUGCAUUUUUACAUGUUUAAAUAUUAAAUUAACAUAACUCAAUACCUUCUUGUUAAUUAUUCCACAGGAGUUCGCAUACCUAUCAAUUUUACCGAAAUUUUCAGUAAAUAUAAAAAAUACG